AUGCUACUUACAUUAAGUGUCCUCUCCUUCUUCUUCGGCUUCGUGGUUGCAGCGGUCGUGACUUCGAGGCCGAAACAUGCUCGUUCUACUUUGGAUGAUUCAUUGAGCAAGCUUCGUCAUGUCACGGACGCAUUCAGACCACGCGCGACUUGCAACCACGAUUCGCCAAUCAGCGUUGAGAAAGGUCUGAUACAGACUGACGAUGCGGAUCUCCUGACGAAAGCUCAGUGCGAAGAGCUUCCAGGCGAUAGCUGGCGGCGUCAAGCAUACGAGGAGAUAAAAUCGAUCCUCGUUGCACGAAAGCCAGGAGCCAAGAAAUUUCCCUGCAUCUACGCCACGACCGGCUACAGACACAACGAGCACCGUUACAUCUUCAUGCACUCGGAAGACCCAACCGAGCCGCGCAACCUCCGCCUCCUCGCCAACGCAAUGCGGGCCUACCUCCCACAAUCCCACUCGCUAGGGCCAAAUACCAGUCUUGUCAUCAUUCACCCCAGAUCCAGCACACAAAACUCGGUAGAGUCCUACCAACAAAGAUUCUGGGAUCUACUUCGAGGUUUGCGGACAUGCGAUCUACAGCCGUGGCCCUCAGACAUCCCUUCAGAAACGCAUGCCCCCAAAUGGGCCUUCUGCUUCAACGGAGUGCCCUGGUUCCCCGCCGCAAUGACACCCGCGCACGAGCAGCGGCGGUCUCGUCACGCGCCCUACUUCACAGUUGCCAUGCAGCCGAAAUGGGUCUUUGACAAUCUUUUCAGAACACCGGAGAAACGACGAGCCGCAGUAGGCGCAGUCAGGAAGCUGAUGCCUGCUUACGAUGAGAUUGAACCAAGUCCGGAUUUGUCCGCGUAUGGGACUGAGGGCACGACCGAGGCGCAUCAGUAUUAUUUACUGGACGAGAACAAGACGAGUUGUUGUCCGUAUGAGGACCUCGACAGGUGA